GCUGACACGGUGCGAUGGCGGCCCCGUCGGAAGGCGAUGCUGCCUCCCUGCUGCCGGACCUGCCCGGGGGACCCCUGCAGGCCUACCGCGCCCGCGCCUCCUUCUGCUGGAAGGAGCUGGCGCUGUUCCUGGAAGGCGAGGACAUGCUGCGCCUGAAGAAGAGCAUCUUCUCAGCCCUGGAGGAUGACCCCCUGUUCGCCCGCUCCCGCGGCCACGAGCUCUCCCUGGAGAAGCACCGAGAGCUGACUUUCCUCCGCUGCAAGCGGGUCUUGGAGCGCGCCCUCCUCCGCGUGGAGGACAUGGUGCGGAACCCGCUGUCCGUGCUGACGCUGAUCACCUGCCUGGGCACGUACGACUGGUCCCUGGCUCAGAAGUUCCUGCUGCACCUGCUGGUUUUUGGAUUCGCGAUUUACAAGUCUGGCUCCGAAAGACAUUUAGAAUACCUUCCCAAGAUCCUCAACAUGGAGAUUUUUGGAUGUUUUGCUGUGACUGAAGUAAGUCACGGGAGUAACGCCAAGGCCAUCAGAACGACCGCUCACUACGACCCCGCCACGGAGGAGUUCAUCCUACACUCCCCGGACUUCGAGGCCGCCAAAUUCUGGGUCGGCAACAUGGGCAAGACGGCCACCCACGCCGUGGUGUUUGCCCAGCUGUACACGCCCGGGGGCCGCUGCCACGGCCUGCAUUCCUUCUUGGUGCAGAUCCGGAACCCCAAGACCCUUCUUCCCAUGCCGGGGGUGAUGGUUGGCGACAUAGGGAAGAAGCUUGGGCUGAAUGGCGUCGACAACGGAUUUGCCAUGUUCCACAAGGUGAGAAUUCCUCGCCAAGCCCUCCUGAACCAGACUGGAGACGUCACCCCCGAGGGUACCUACGUCACCCCCUUUAAGGACGCCAAGCAGCGCUUCGGGGCGUCCCUGAACAACCUCUCCAUAGGUCGGGCCAUUAUCGUGGCCAUGUCCGUGGUGAACUUAAAGCUGGCCGUUUCCAUAGCCCUUCGUUUCUCAGCCACGCGGCGUCAGUUCGGGCCGACAGACGAGGAGGAGGUACCAGUGCUCGAGUAUCAGAUGCAGCGAUGGCGCCUACUUCCCUACCUGGCGGCUGCGUAUGCCUUAGACCACUUUUCCAAAUGGCUCUUCCUGAACCUGGCGGAGUUUCAACAAGGCCUCAUGGGAACGGACCGCGGCACCAGGCAGGCAGAGCUCGGACGUGAGAUCCACGCCUUGGUGUCGGGCAGCAAGCCCCUGGCUUCGUGGACCGCGCAGCGGGGAAUUCAGGAAUGCCGGGAGGCGUGCGGAGGACACGGCUAUCUGGCGGUGAACCGCCUGGGCGACCUCAGGAACGAGAACGACCCCAACUGCACGUACGAAGGGGACAACAACGUCCUGCUGCAGCAGACCAGCGGCUACUUGCUGGGCCUGCUGGAGCUCCGCCUCCAGGGUGGCGCUCGCCUUGACAGCCCUCUGGGGACCGUGGACUUUCUGGAAGCCUAUCCCGACAUCCUCGACCAGAGGUUCUCGUGCCCCAGUGUCGCCGGCUGCUCGGAGUCGUCAGUCCCGCUGGCAGCAUACGAGUGGCUGGUCUGUUACCUGCUCCGAGAGAGUGUGCAGAAGGUAAACCAAGAGAAGAGAUCAGGAAACAGUGACUUUGAAGCAAGAAACAACAGUCAGGUGUACCGCUGCCGUUCCCUGGCCCUGGCGUUCCUGGAGCUCACGGUGGUGCGGACGUUCCACGAGUACGUGCACCAGCCCAGCGUGCCGCCCCCGCUGCGGGCCGUGCUCCAGCGGCUCAGUGCUCUCUACGCCCUGUGGUCCCUGAACCAGCACACGGCCCUGCUCUACCGAGGUGGCUACUUUUCUGGUGAGCAGGCGGGUAAAAUGAUCGAGAACGCCAUCCUGGACCUGUGUGCACAGGGGUCGCCAUGGAGAUUUGCAGGGGUUGCCAGGCAUACGGACUUUGUUUCCCAACAGCUGAAAGACGACGCCGUUGCCCUGGUGGACGUGAUCGCCCCUCCCGACUUUAUCCUGGACUCACCGAUUGGCAGAGCCGACGGCGAGCUCUAUAAAAACCUCUGGACCGCUGUCCUUCAGGAGAGCCAAGUGCUGGAGCGGGCAUCGUGGUGGGCGGAGUUUUCUGCCAGUAAGACCCACGUGGAAAGUCUGAAGUCGAGGCUGUAGGCUCACCGGCUCGCUCAGCUGAGUCUGAGUGAGCUCAUCCAGCUGAUGAGGACAUUGACCUCAAAUGCUGGUUCUGGAAGAUACUGGAAAUGGCUGCCGCCUUCUGAACGCUCGUCUGAUGGUCCUGUGCCCGUCCCGUCUCCCGACCUCACCGGGAGGGCUCAGCCCCGGAGCGUGGGCCGGACGAGGCCGCCAGCCGCUCAUUAUUAAGAGGUUCUCUGGUCGGAUGACCUUUUGCAUUCUGAUUUUUCUACAAAGCUCUGCUUCACUGAACGCUUAAUGAUGCCAGCGUGAUGCUUUUUGUUAACUAAUGUGACUUUAUCGGGUAAUUAAAUUGUAUUUUAAUCAUA